AUGUCUCCCUCAUCAAAAAACAACUCCAGCAACAACAAUAUCUCCCUCAUCAACAAGAGCCUCCUCCCACCAACAAUAUCUCCCCUCAUAACAACAGAGACUCACACCAACAAUGUCUCCCUCCAAUCAAGAGAGACCCCACCACCAACAAUGUCUCCCUCAUCAACCAGAGACUCCACCCCCCAACAAUAUCUCCCUCAUCAAGGAGCCUCCACACCAACAAUUCUCCCCCAUCAACAGAGACUCCGCACCAAAAAUGUCUCCCUCAUCAACAAGACUCCCCUCCACCAACCAAUAAUUCUCCCUCAUCAAACAGAGACUCCACCACCAACAAGACUCCAUCUUCAACAAGACUCCCCUCAUCCAACAAAAUCUCCCUCAUCAACCAGAGACUCCACCACCAACAAUACUCCCUCAUCAACAGAGACUCCAGCACAACAAUUAGACUCCAGCACCAACAAUGUCCCCAUCUUCAACAAGACUCCAUCCCAACAAUAUCUCCCCCAUCCAAACAAGGACUCCCCCCCACCAACAAUAUCUCCUCAUCAACAGAGACUCCCCCCACCAACAAUUAGACUCCCACACCAAAAACCCAAAGUCUCCCUCCAUCAAGAGAGACUCCCCACACAACCCCCACACAAAGGGCCCCUGCAUCAACAGAGACUCCACUCACCAAAUACCAAAAUUCUCCCUCAACAGAAACUCCAACCACCAAAAAAAUUUUCCUCCCCAUCAAAAGAACCUCCACCACCCAACAAUAUCUCCCUCAUCAAACCCGAAGACUCCACCACCAACAAUAUCUUUCCCUCAUCAACCAAGAGACUCCACCACCACAAUGUCCCCCAUCAACAGAGACUCCACACCAAACAAUAUCUCCCUCCCACUCACAAAAUCAACGCCAUCACCAACAAUGUCUCCCUCUCCAAAGACUUCCACACCAAAUUCCCCCCCAACAACCAAACCCAAUAUCUCCCCUCAUCAACAGAGACUCCACCCAACAAUAUCUCCUCAUCACAGAGACUCCAACCAAAAUUCUCCCUCAACAAAACUCCAGACCAACAAGUCUCUCUCAAAGGCUCCACCAACCCAACCAGCUCCCUCACAACAAAUCCCACAACAACUCCCCCACAACAAGCUCCCACCAACAAACCCCCUCAUCAACAAGACUCCACACCAACAAUCUCCAUCUCAACAAGACUCCAUCACCACAAUUCUCCCUCAAACAACAGAGACUCCACUCACAACUCAGCCCAACAUUCCCUCUCACAGAAUCCACCCAACAUUCUCCCUCACAACAGAGACUCCACACACAAUUUCCCCCCCAACAAAGACUCCUCCCAACAUGUCCCCCCCCCAUCAACAGAGGGCUCCACACCAAAUUCCCCUCAUCAACAGAGACUCCCCACAACAAUGUCUUCCCACAACAAGAUCCUCCUCAAACAAGUCCCCCUCUCAACGAGACUCAGCAACAUUCCCCUCACCAACAAUGACUCACCAACAGAAUCUCCCCCCCAACAGGACUCCACCACAACAAUGUCUCCCUCAUCAAACAGAGACUCCACACCAACAAUGUCCCCCUCAUCAACAGAGACUCCACCACCAACAAUGUCUCCCUAUCCAACAGAGAUCCCCACCAACAAUAUCUCCCUCAUCAACAGAGACUCCAUCUUCAACAAGACUCCACCACCAACAAACUCCCUCACAGGCCCUCAGCACACAAUAUCCUCAUCAACAAGACUCCAUCACCAACAUGUCUCCCUCAUCAAAAAAGACUCCUCACCAACAAUUUCCCUCCAACAAACCAGCAAAUAUCUUUCCCUCAUCAACAGGAGACUCCAACCAAAAUUCUCCCUCAUCAACAGAGACUCCAAACCCCCAACAAUUUCCUCACAACUCCUCAUAACAAUCUCCAUCAUCACAAGACUCCACCACAACAAUGUCCUCAUCAACAGAGACUCCAGCACCACCAAUUCCUCCACAUCAAGAGACUCCAGCACCAACAAUAUCUCCCUCUCAAAUCCAGACCACAAGCUCCCCAUCAACAGAGACUCCACUCACCAAAUAUCUCCCUCAUCAAAGAGACUCCAGCACAACAUAUUUCCCCUCAUAAACGGAGACCCCCAACACAGACUCCACCCACAAUAUCUCCCUCCAUCAACAGAAACUCCUCGCACUACAAGCCCAUCAACAGAGACUCCGCACCAACAACUGUCCCUCACAACAACUCAACCAACAUAUCUCCCUCAUCAACAGAGACUCCACCACCAACUAUUCUUCAUCAAGACUCCAUCACCACAUAUCUCCAUCUUCAAGAAAGACUCCCCUCCACAACAGUCUCCCCAUAACAGAGACUCAGCACCAACAAUGUCCCCUCUCAAAGAACUCACACCAACAAUCCAUCUUCCUCCAAACCACACAAUCUCUCUUCAAAAAGACUCCAUCACCAACAAUACUCCACAAGACCAUCACCACAUGUCCCCCAUCAAAAGAGACUCCACAACAAUGUCUCCCCUCAAGGCCCCACCACAAUGUCUCCUCAUCAACAGAGACUCCACACCAACAAUGUCUCCCUCAUCAACGAAUCCACCACCAACAAAUCUCCCAUUCAACAGAGACUCCACCACAACAUGUCUCCACACAAGCCAGACCACAUCUCCCACAAGAGAGAUCCACCACCAAAUGUUCCUCUCCCUCAAGACCCACAACCAAAGCCCCAUCAACAGAACCACCAAAAUACUCCACACCACAAUGUCUCCCCAUCAACGAGACUCCAGCACCAACAAUGCUCACCAACAAUCCCCCAACAUCCCUCAAACAGAGACUCCACCAACAAUUCUCCCCAUCAACAGAGACCCCACCACAACGAUCUCCCCACCAACAGAGACUCAACACCCACAUGCCUCUCACAGACUCAAGCACCAAAAUUCUCCCUCACAAAGACGACAGACCAAAUGUCUUUCCCCCAUCAACAGAGACUCACCACCACAAAUCCCAACCACAGAUGACUCGCCCCACUGUCCCCUCAUCAACAGAGACUCCAUCACCAAAAAAUUCCCUUACACCAGAGACUCCAUCUCAACAGAGACCCACCACCAACAAUUCUCCCCUCAUCAGAGAGACUCCAGCACCCACAAUAUCCUCCAUCAAACAGAGACUCCACCCCAACAAUCCUCAUCAAUCAAUUCCCAACAUUUUCCCAUCCAACAGAGACUCCUCCCAACAAUACUCCCUCAUCAACAGAGACUCCCCACCAACAAUGCUCCCCACACAGAGACUCAGCACACAAUAUCUCCCUUAUCAACUCCACUCAACAAAUCUCCCACCACAGAGAUUCUAGCACACCACCAUGUCUCCCUCAUCCAACAGAGACUCCCACCACUCCCCAAACAGGACCCACCACCAACAAUUCUCCCAUCUAACAGAGACCACACCACAAUAUUCCAUCACAUUAGGACUCCACCCCAACAAUGUCUCCUCAUCAACAGAGACUCACAUCACACAUAUCUCCAUCUCAACAAAACUCCACACAAAGAUUCUCCCAUCAACCAACCACCCAACAAUCCCCUCAUCAAUAGGCUCCAUCACCAACAAAGUCCUCCCAUCAACAGAACCACACCAACAAGAUUCCUCCCCAACAAGACUCCCCACAAUACCCAUCAUCAACAGAGACUCCAUCACCAAAAAUGUCUCCCUCAACAGAGAAACCCCCUCACCUACAAUGUCUCCCUCAUCAACAGAGACUCCAUCACCAAGGAAUUCUCCCCAUCAACAAGAAUCCACACCAAUGUCUCCCUCAUCAACAGAGACCCCCACCAACAUGUCUCCUCUCAACAGAGACUCCACCACCAACAAUCUCUCCCACAUCAACAGAGACUCCACCACCAACAAUGUCUUCAUCAUCAACGAGACUCCAGCACCAACAAUGUCUCCUCAUCAGCAGAGAAUACACCACCAACAAUAUCCCCCUCAUCAACAGAUACUCCAGCACCAAUAAUAUCAUCACUAGAGACUCCUGCACUAACAGUGACUCUGACAUCAACAACGAUUCUGUCACCAAUUCUGUCAACUACUACAUCACCAACGGUUCUAGUAUCAACAACAAAUAAUACGCCAAUGAUUCCGGCAUCAACAGAGACUUCAAGAUCAACAGCAGGGUCUACAUCAAAAACGACACCAUUGUCACUAGAGACUCCAGCAUCAACAUUGGAAAGCACAUCAAAAAGGACUCUGAUAUCAGCAAUAAAUGACACAGCAACAAAAAACUGUAAUGCUGGAAAGGACUCCACCAUCAUCAAAGAAUCCAGCACUGACGAAUAUCAUAACACAAACAUCUGA